CUGAAUGGAAUAUUCUAUUGACCUUUGACACAAACCCGGAAGUGGUGGCAGAUGACUUUACAAAACUGCACAAAAAUACUUGCCUAACAUUUCCAACCAGUUUCGCGUCAUCUAUCAAUACAAGACUUCAUUGUGACAAAGACGGCGACCUUGUUUACGGAAUGGCGUCAUAUUUUGACGAACACGACUGCGAGCCGACGGAAGGCAGCACUCCGUUUUCACAGGCCAACAACUUACUACUACAACUGGCAAGGAUGCUGAUGGAACAAGGACCAGAGCUUGAGUUGGACCUGACGAGCCUAGCACCUGGGGAACGCCAGGCGCCACCUGCCUCUAAAGCAGCUGUGGAAUCAUUGAAAGCUGCUCAGAUCUCACCCAGUCAAGCAGCGAAGGGUGCCAGCUGUCCUGUAUGUCUUGCUGAGUUUGAUGAAUACGAGUUUGUGAAGGUGAUGCCCUGCCAACACAAGUUCCACCCAUCCUGUAUUCUCCCCUGGUUGUCAAAGACCAACUCCUGUCCAGUGUGCAGACAUGAGCUGCCCACAGACGACCCAGAGUAUGAAGAAGCCCGGAAGGAAAAGGAAAGAGCAAAAGAAAGAGAGGCUCAACUGGAUGCACUUCACAACUCCAUGUAUGGAUAGCUGGAUGUGCAACACACACAGGACUGCUUUGACUGGACACUUCUAAAGAUAUUAAAUUACAUACUUCUUUGGUUGCACCUGGACAAAAAAACAAUGACUGAGGUUUAGUAUCUGACCUGGGUCUUGUUUUUGAUAUGCCAGUUCAUGUAUCAGCCAAAGGCAUCAGAAGUUCAUGUUGAAGUGCUGAUAUUUCAUUGCCUGUUGUAAAAAUGUAUGGUGAAUUUGCAUUCUUGCAUGUUUUAUUCCAUGUUUUGUACGUCUCCUUUUUUGACACAAAAUUGUUAAGUACGAGACAGAUGUGGAAAAGGUUUGUGAAAGGGGAAGACAAUCUAGUUAGAUUAAAAAUUGAUAUUUAGAUUAGCAGAUCAAAUUACUGGUUAAUACAGUAUACAAAUCAAUCUUUUGCCAAACUCCUACUUUUUGCACACCACUGCGUCACCGUGACAUCAUCGCGAUCGCUUGUAUGAUGUCCUCUAAACAUGGUUGUGUGACAAGUUACAGGUAAAAAUACUGCAUGUUCUGUACCACCAACAAGUUUAUUAUAUAAAUACAAAUAUGUUUUGAAAAAUAUAACAUUUGUGUAACAGGAAUAUGGUUAAGUAAAUCGUCUGCAGUACAGGUGACAUGUAAAAACCAUUGCUUGUUUUCUUGCAUGAACGACCCAAAUGAAUUCUAUCAAUCGUCACCAAUCAUUGCACAGAUAUAGAACAGCAGAGAAGUGACUCAUGAAGUAGGGGCAUCAGUACUUCAACUCACAGAGUGAGACUUCAUUAUCUAUAAAGAAGAGACAACCUGAACAGAAAUUCAGUCUAUCU